UUGUUUUGUUAUUGAGUUGGACUUCCGGUUACAGUCGGAGCUUGAACACGUGUUGAUCGAGGUUCUUGAAGAGCUGCGUUUGUCCGUGGUGUCUUUGGACGCCGCCGUGUUUUCACCUCGGUCUGGACGUGCGUUCGUGGGAUCGAGUGGAUUCCUGUCACGCGGCGGUCGCGCCGACGCAGCUUUCCUUUUGUCCGACUAACAGGCGCGCGCCGCGGAGCUAACAGCGUAGCCGAGCCGUUAGACAUGUGCGGACGUGUUCCCGGGAAUCACCCGCCGUGACACAAAUCCGGACGCCUGGAAGUUACUUCAGCAGAUCAAAAGGGAUCGAAUGGAUCAUCGGUUCCCUCUGAAACUUUUCCCUUCGUUUUACAACCACGGACCCCCGAAUUCGAGGCAGAAGCCCUGCGCGGGCGGAUGGGGCAGUUACGAGCGCGUCAUUCCUCAGGAAGGGGCGGGUCCUGGCUCCAGCUGGUCCUUUACCUCCAGACACCAGGUCAGCGGGGAGACGUGGCUCCACGCCGAGCCUGUGCCCGUCCCGCUCCUGUCUCCCAGAAGCGCUUUUCUCCCAUCUGUGACGCCUCCAGAGCCGGCAGACUUCACUGAACACAUGCAGAACUUCUUCACUGAUCACUCCCAUGAUGCCUUUGGCUGCAUGAGCAACCUUCUGGGAGAAAGCUUCGACUUUGCAGAGACGAAGAGGAAAAGGAGACAACCGUGGGAAUCGGCCGACAUGUCAAAGACGAAGCACUUCCUGGACCUGCUGAAGUCCGGCGUAUGUCAGCGGUCGUAUCAGAACCGGACGGUCACUCGGUACUGCAGCCUGCUGUCGGACGUCGUGCACGACAUCCCUCCACAGCUGCUGGGCUCCCUGCUGCACGAGGAGCUGGCGGGCCAGAGGGACGGCGUGCUGUUCUCUGAGGCAGCCAUCGGCGGCGCUCUGGCCUUCGUCCCAUUCUCCCAGAGCCACGGCUGCCUGCUGUACCCCGGAGGCCGUGGACUGGACCGCCUCAACUUCCACGGAGUGGCGCUGCAGUUCCAGCCUGGGAGCUCAGUCUGUGUGGACGCCGGCAGCAGGAAGCCCCUGAGCUUCCAGCUCAAAGCCCCCAUCAGACAGAUCAGCUGCACGUCCCUCUUCAGCGACUGUUGCGUGGGCGUGCGCUCGGAUCACCUCUGUGGAGUCUGGAGGUUCAGCGAAUGGAGCGAGCCACGGUUGCUGCAGGUGAUCAACACCCGCGAGGUCUCCACCUGCGUUAAUGUCAGCCCCCAUGUUUUAGGUGAAGUUCUGGUCGCAGGUGAGAGUGGAGCUGCUGAGCUGUGGACUGUCGGCAAAGGCUUCCAGAAGGUCCGAGUGGAGGACAGCAACUUGUACUUCAAUGCCAAGUCGCCAUGGAGAUGGUGCGAGUUCUCGGCUCACCCAAGAGUGAUGCUGUACGCCGACAGGACGGGGGCGGAGCUCACGGAUAUGAGGGUCACGCCGUCCUCGGGCAGCACGCUGUUCCGGAUCAGCAGCACCUCCGAGUGCCGCAGAGGAGAGCGGCUCAUCCUGUCCAGAUAUCUGGGAGACGGUCACCCGUUCCACCACCUCGUCACCACGCAGUACUCGGCCUACAUCCUGGACGAGCGGUUCCCCUGCGUUCCCAUGCUCAAGUGGGAUCACAUGAUGGCGUCUCCCCCCGUCUUCUGUCACGUCGCUGCCAGCUCCGACUCCGCGCAAGGAGCCGCCGCCAGAACUGCUAAAGUCCUGCUGGGCUCCCACAGUUCCCAGGAGAUGGUUCUGCUUCAGUACUCGGGAGGCCGAGCACAGGCCAGUGUGAGCCGAGGUCCCCCCCAGGCUCUCCUCAGACCCAGAGACAGUCUGAAGCACCUCCCGGUCCAGAUCCCUCACCGGCUCCAAACCGCAACCGGCAGACUGUCUGCGCCUGCCGCAGGACUGACAUGCAUCCUCCACAGAGCAGGAGGAGGAGGACGUGAGGAGCACAUGUGUGUCCUGCAGCUGACAGAAGCCGGAGACGUUUUCUGUCAGACGCUGGAGCUCCUGGACUGCAGCCCGUCAGGAGCUGCGGCAGCAGAGAGCUCGCCACCGAGGACACGGACGGCAGCUCGGCAACCAGCAACGCCGCUCGACUCAGACUCGUGGAGCCAUGGGGAUGCAAUCGGGCCAACUCAGGCCACGCCCUCCGCCGUCCCAGAAACUCCAGAAGGAAAACGAGGCUCAAGGAAACAGUCGUCUGAUUCCUCCUCUGAGGGCUCGGAGUACGAGAGCAGGAGGAGAAAGCUGAGGCGGAUGCAGCUGGAGGUUUUCAUGAAUGACGAGCCAGAAACGACUGAAGAGAGAGCAGCAGGCGGAGCUGAAGGUGAUGAAGAACACUGCGAUGAAGACUGCGAUCAGACCAGCAGCUGCACUCAGCAGCAGACCUCACCAAAACUCAGCAGCAGAACUUUAAUGACAUGGAAACUCUGGCUCCAGAAACUGAUGCGAAGAAGUUGUGAAGAGAAGCCCCGCCCCCGCUGGCCAGAGCAUUUAAUAACCAAAACCAAAGUUCUGCACCUGCCAAGGUCUGGUUCUGGAGAAACAUCAGAGAAGGAGCAAGUGGCGUGUCUGCAGCAGAAACUGCAGGCCUGCAUGCACGGACGCUCGCUGCUGCUUCACAGCGCCGUCGCCGAAGACCUCAGGGUGGCGUCCGUGCCAGAGCUGGUGAACACGGACGUUUGGACGGAUCCGCUCAGCCAACGACUGACCCUGUCCUGGCAGGGCGAGAGUGCAUGGAAGGCGUGGUGGGACGAAGAGCUGGGGUUGAACCGCGAUGCCAAGAUGCAGAGUCUGAGGAGGAAGAGGAGAAGGCAGAAGGAAGCGAGGAGAGCGGCGGGGCAUCAGUGGGAGCUGAGCCACAGCUUCACCUCCUCCUGCAGCAGUCAGUCACAGCUGGAGGACUUGUCAGACUCCGCCGGCUGCUCUUCCACAUUGAGUCAGAGGCAGUGGUCUGACACCGAAGGUCCUGGGGUUCCGUCCCAGCUGGCUAAACGGAUCCAGCAUGAGAACCAAGGAGGUUCAAGCCCCUCCCUCUGUGACGCUGACGCUCCAGUUCCCGCCCCCGCCACCACACCUCAGAGACCCAAAGAUGCACAAAGCGGUGCGCAGAUCCCCGACCCGUCCCAAACCCCCUCCCUGUCCCAGAUGAAAGGCUCUGAGGUCACACCAGCCAAUCAGAGGAGGACCAGGCGACCCACGGAGGACUACCUGAGCGCUCUGUUUCCAACACAGGAUCACUCAUUUCACAAUGACGAGGCUGACACGCCCCCCGGACUCGACACCCCCUCUUCAUCUCAGCUUCGCGGCUCUCGGUCAGUCCCUCUGAGAAGCGUCAGGCCGGCUCCGUCCACAAGUCCCUUCUCCUCCGUGACCCCCUCCCAGCUCUUCUCGGGUUCACAGAGGGGGCUGAGGCCGUCACAGGCGUCCCAACCCAAGAAGAAAAGGCCCCAGAUGGGAUUUUGAUCGUCCUCCCAGCUCAGAGCGGACCCUCUGGAGGACUUCUGUGUGGGUUUCCAGUGUUAUUCUGAAGGCUGGAUGGGAUCAAGGAGCACAACGAGACUCUGUGGAUUACCGUGAAGAGGGCAGCCGAGGAUGAGGAGGAAGACGCUCUGCAGACCGUGGUAGGACUGACAAACUGAUUGAGGUGCUUCAGUGGGUUUCUAUGAUGUCAUCAAACAAACAGACUUUCUGAUUCAACCUCUUCCUCAGGGAGAGUCUACCUGUUGGUUUCAGUUUGCUCUCACUGCUCAGAAAAGGUUCUGCUUGUUUUUGUGCGUGCGUGUGUGUGGAUGUGUGUGUGUAUGUGUGUGUCUGCGUGCAUAACACCAGUUACUAGUAGUCAAGAAGGCUUUAGCCGAUACUCAUUUGGAGUAAGAGUGAACACACUUUAGAAUAAUACAAACACCAACUUAUGAAUAUCUCAUGGAAGUGCAGGGAGUAACAGGUUCAGCAGCAGCUUUAUGUUUGUUUUUUUAAUGUUAAACCCUUUCCUGCAAGUUUUCAUAGUAAAUAAAGUAACUUCAACAUAAAUUAGAAGAUUUCUCUGUGUUAAAGGUGAAACAAAAGCAAAAAGUGCAGGCAGUUCCUCGGGACGGAAGAAUGUCUUUUAAGGUCAAA